AUGAUCGCCGCUGAACUAGGAUCGACAAAUAAUGUGGAGACUGUCCGAGUAACGGGAGAAAAAGUGCCUCUUAUAAGAACAAGGGGUUUUUUUCAAAGAUUAGGAAAUUUAUUCAAUAUGAGAAAUCCUUCGAUUGAUGAAAGAGACGGCUAUGUCGAAUUCAGUUCUUUAAAUGUUGACAGUAGCCGAACACUUGGUACAUUUGCAGGAGUUUUCAGUCCUGUCACUUUAUCUAUGUUCAGUGCAUUAGUUUUCAUACGGAUGGGAUAUAUUGUUGGAAAUGCUGGAUUGCUUGUUACUCUAGCCCAAUUUAUUAUAGCUUAUGGAAUUUUAGUAUUUACAGUCUCAUCGGUAUGUGCUAUUUCUACUAAUGGGGCUGUAGAAGGUGGAGGCGCUUAUUUUAUGAUCAGUCGUACUCUUGGUCCUGAGUUCGGUGGAUCAAUUGGAACUUUAUUUUUUAUGGCAAAUGUAGUUUCCAGUGCAUUAUGUAUAUCUGGAUGUGCUGAAGGAUUGAUUGAAAAUUUUGGACCUUCUGGUUAUUUAGUAGGAGAAAAUGCUCUUAUACCUGAUGGUAGAUGGUGGAGAUUUUUGUAUUGUACUAUUCUAAACACAGCAAACCUGUUAGUUUGUCUCAUUGGAGCUUCGAUGUUUGCAAAAACAAGUGUUGCUAUUUUAGCAAUUGUUUGUAUUUGCUUAGGAAGUACUAUUGUAAGUUUUUUAGUUGAAGGAAAUUUUGAGGUACCUAUACCUGAGGCAAAUACAUUAGUACAAAACAGUACAUAUCAUCGUAAUGGCACAUACACUGGUCUUUCACUGGCUACUUUGAGAGAUAACUUAUAUCCUAGUUACAGCGCAGAUUAUUCAAGUCAAGGAUCUAUGAGUGAUUUUGCCAGUGUAUUUGGUGUAUUGUUCAGUGGAGUAACUGGUAUCAUGGCUGGAGCUAAUAUGAGUGGAGAGUUGAAGAAUCCAGGACAAAAUAUCCCAAGGGGUACUCUUUCAGCUGUACUAUUUACAUUUUUCUGUUACAUACUCCUAUCAUUGUUAACAGCUGCUACAUCAGAACGAUUUCUUCUUCAAAAUAACUUUAUUUACAUGAUGCCUAUUAACAUGUGGCCACCUUUUGUGGCAGUUGGAAUUUUAACUGCUACUUUCAGUGCUGGAUUAAGUAAUUUAAUUGGAUCAAGUAGAGUUUUGGAGGCUCUUGCAAAAGAUAACGUAUUUGGAUCACUUUUGAAUUUCAUUACACGUACAACUUGGAAAGGCAAUCCAAUUGGUGCAGUCUGCACAUCGUGGGUGCUUGUUCAGAUCAUAUUGCUUAUUGGAUCUUUGAAUACAAUUGCUCAAGUAAAUUCAGUUCUAUUUUUAUUGAGUUACUUAGCCACAAAUUUGGCAUGUCUUGGACUUGAAUUAGCUAGUGCUCCGAAUUUCAGACCAACUUAUAAUUACUUUACUUGGCAUACAGCUACUAUAGGUCUUCUUGGGACAAUUGUCAUGAUGUUUAUCAUCAACAGCAUUUAUGCAUCAAGCAGUAUAAUAUUAUGUCUUAUACUAGUUAUUGUUCUCCAUUUAUUUUCUCCUAGUAAAAAUGCAGCUUGGGGAAGCAUUUCACAAGCUUUAAUUUUUCAUCAAGUUCGCAAAUAUCUAUUGAUGUUAGAUUCUAGAAAAGAUCACGUUAAAUUUUGGCGACCUCAAAUAUUACUCAUGGUUGCUUCGCCAAGAUCAGCUUGCCCAUUAAUUGAUUUCAUAAAUGACCUAAAAAAGGGAGGUCUUUAUGUUAUUGGGCAUGUAAAAGUUGGAGAGUUUACUGGAAAAGUUGACCCAACCAUUGAAGAGUAUCCUCAUUGGCUUAGUCUGAUUGAUCACAUGAAAGUUAAAGCUUUUGCUGAAUUGACCAUAACAAAAACAGUUCAAGAAGGUUUGCAUCAUCUAAUUAGAUUAUCCGGUAUGGGAGCAAUGAAACCAAACACUAUUGUGUUAGGAUUUUAUGAUGAUGAAAUUCCAAGAGACUUUUUUGAAAAUUCUCCUUAUGCAACUGAUAUUUUUGAAAAUGUUACUCCAUAUGCCAACGGAAAAGUUUUUCCAUUAAGACAAUUAAAUUCUGAUAAAGCAGUAGAUGAGCUGCAAUAUGUUGGUAUGUGUCAAGAUGUAUUGAAAAUGAACAAAAAUUUGUGCCUAUGCAGAAAUUUCCAUCUCCUUGAUAAAUCACAAUUAACAAAGAACUCUAGUUUCAAAUAUAUUGAUGUAUGGCCAGUAAAUUUUUUCCAACCAUCAGAUGAAGAUCCAUUUGAUACAACUUCCCUUUUCAUGCUACAGUUAGCAUGCAUUAUAAAUAUGGUUCCAAAUUGGAAGAAUUUACAUUUACGUGUAUUUCACUGUGAAAUUAAUAAAAGUUCUUCCAGUUUGAACAUUUCUGAAUCUCGUGGUUCAAUUGAUGCAAGUCCUAGAGUAUCAAAUGAACAUAAGUUACGAAAACUUUUGGAUAUGCUUCGUAUAUCAGCAUCUAUAACUAAAAUUUCUGAUUGGAAUGAACAAAUUGGUGAGUUAAAUGGUCGUCCAUUGUUAGAGAGUAGAGUUGAAAGUUCAUAUGAAGCAAAUGCUGAUACGAUAGAAAGUGUUUCAAGCAAUGUGUCAAGAGCUUAUAUACUCAAUGUAAACAAACUGAUCAAGCAUCAUUGUCCUCAAACUGCAGCUACUUUUAUAUAUUUACCAGCACCUCCAACAGUUAAUACAUGGGAUAGAGAUGUUUUACGAAAACAAUAUCUGCAACUUUUAACUGAACUGACUGUGGAUUUACCACCUACAGUAUUGGUUCAUGGUGUCAGUGCUGUUACAUCUACAACCUUAUAGGAUUACAUUUAAUUUUAUAAAAGAGAAUUCUAUAUUUAUUUAUAUUUAACUGAUUUAUUUCAUAAAUUUUUAUUA